GGAGGAUUUGCGGGGACAAAGAUGAUGUAAUUCAACAUGGUAUAAGUAACAGAGAUUGCUGGGGUAUCAAGUCAGUUGUCAUCGAGCUCUCGAGAUUUUUGAGCAUCUUCAUUAUUCCUCAAGAUAAGCAGCUUUUAAGUACAAGGGUGAAAACAUGAUGGACUCUGUGUUUCGUACUCGUUCCCUGGGAACAGCAGCAGAAGGUGUUCGCGAUCAGUACGCAGAUGGUAAAGCAGCCAAGAUAUGGGAAGUCUUCAUCGGAGACAAGAAGCAACGUACGCAAAACUACAAAGACUUCCUAGUGGGUCUUCUACGGGAGAGAGGAUGUCACAGAAUACUUGAUGUAGCUUGCGGUACCGGUAUAGAUUCCGUGAUGCUCCUGGAGGAGGGUUUUGAGGUCGUCAGUGUUGAUGCUUCUGACAAAAUGCUGAAGUACGCUUUGAAGUCAAGAUGGGAACGUAGAAAGGAACCUGCUUAUGACAAUUGGAUUAUUGAGGAAGCAAACUGGCUGACUUUACCGAGCGACAUUAGCCACUUGAUUGGGGAUGGUUUUGAUGCAGUUAUAUGCCUUGGCAACAGUUUUGCUCACAUGCCAGACUCCUUUGGCGAUCAAAGAGAACAAAGACAAGCACUUUCGAAUUUUGAACGUUGCGUGAAACCCGGUGGUCUUUUACUGAUUGAUCAUAGAAAUUAUGAUUAUAUGAUUGAAACUGGGCAAACGCCCUCUAAAUGCAUAUAUUAUAACAGUAAUCACAUGACCGAUAUCAAGACCUCUGUGUUAUAUGUAUCUGGCAAGCCUGCCAUAGUUACCCUGGAUUACCUGAUAAAUCUGGACGCAUCCGAUCCCGAGAAUGUUAACGAGUUCAGAUUAUCUUAUUAUCCCCAUAGAUUCGAAGUUUUUCGUGAAAUGUUGGAAGAGGCUUUUCACUACAGAGCCAAGCACACCAUCUAUGGAGAUUUCAAAUCUUUGGACAAGGUCAAAUGCCCAGCCUUCUACAUCCACGUCCUGGAGAAACAGCCGUAUCAGCAAGACUAAAAAGAAAAGACAUCAAGAAUGAAUCUUUAUGCAAAACAAAAGUCACAGGACAACCUGUACCAGACUCUGCGUCCGGUGAUAUGCGCAGAUUCUAUGCGCUAUUCUCACUUCCGUAGAAGUCUCUUUCGAAGACGUGAACGUAGACAAGACGUUCAGGAGUAACAUGAAUAAUAUACUUAUACGCAAUGUACUAUUCUAAGGUUAAUACAAUGUAAAUAGGAUUUUUUCUAUAUUAAAAGAAUAAAUACACAGUUUCGCAUUGUCGAGCGAAAAUCAAUCAA